GCAAGAAGAAAAACCCCGAGUGGUGUCUGUCCUCUUUAUCAUCAUGUAAACAUAAACCCUGAAUUUUUGUUACAUAUUGUUAUACAAUCUGAUUCUGAUCAUCAUAAAUCAAUAAUGACGUCAUCAAAAUCAAAAGCAAUAAGAAGUUCAAUGAAUGAUUCAUCAUCAUCAUCAGGUGUUAGUAGAAACGUGUGGUUGUAUUCUUUAUUGCUCACAAUUCAGUAUGGUGCUCAGCCUCUCAUCUCCAAACGCUGCAUCGGGCGAGACGUAAUUGUUACUUCAUCUGUUUUGGCAUGCGAGAUGGUAAAGGUUAUUUGUGCACUGGCUCUCAUGGCAAAAGAUGGCAGUUUGAAUAAAGCAUUGAAAGAAUGGACUCUGAUUGGUGCACUAAGUGCAUCAGGAUUACCCGCAGCUAUCUAUGCACUACAAAAUAGCUUGUUACAGAUUUCGUAUAGGAACCUUGAUUCUCUCACAUUUUCAAUGCUAAACCAAACAAAGUUAAUUUUCACAGCAUUGUUUACAUACAUGAUUUUAAGGCAAAAGCAAUCCAUUCAACAAAUUGGUGCUCUAUUCAUACUUAUCUUAGCAGCUGUCCUUUUAAGCAUCGGGGAAGGCUCGAGAAAAGAUUAUGGAAGUGAUAAUCCUGAUGUAAUUGUUCUCUAUGGAAUUGUUCCUGUUCUGAUAGCUUCUGUACUUUCAGGGCUUGCUUCUGCAUUGUGCCAAUGGGCUUCUCAGGUUAAGAAACACUCGUCAUAUUUGAUGACUGUCGAAAUGUCAUUGGUUGGGAGCCUUUGUUUGUUGGCAAGUACUUACAAGUCUCCAGAUGGUGAAGCAAUGAGACAGCAUGGGUUUUUCUAUGGCUGGACUCCACUUACAAUGAUCCCUGUUGUUAUCAAUGCUGUUGGUGGAAUUCUUGUGGGACUGGUCACUUCAUAUGCUGGUGGCGUUCGAAAGGGGUUUGUCAUUGUCUCCGCCCUCCUAGUUACAGCUUUGUUGCAAUUUGUGUUUGAUGGGAAACCACCUUCUUUGUUCUGCCUUCUGGCUCUUCCGCUUGUGAUGACGAGCAUUUCAAUAUACCAAAAGUACCCAUAUCGUGUCAAAAAGAAAGAAGCAUAGACUAAAGUAGUCCCAAAACAGAUGGGACCAGUCUCCAUUAACCGCGGGUCUUAUAGGUAAAUGACAUAAUUACUUGAUGAACGCUUACACUUUUUUGAUUUACAGUUCAUCUUCAGUCCGAUCUUUCAUAUUAUAUUGAGGGUCCAUUCGUAACAUGUACAAUAUGUAGUCUGACUGACUGAGAAACAAUACCCGUGACUUGCAUAUAUUGUUUUGCACCCGUUACUCGUAUUUGUUGGUAUCAUUCUAGCUUUUUGAGUCGGUGAUUGUAGGUCCUAUUGCAUAUAUACUUCUUUUCGUAUCAAUUAUCAGACCUAUUACAAAUUAAACUCAAUUUGUUGCAAGUAUAUAUGAUUGAUUCAA